GUGUGUAGAUUGAAUACUUAUUUAAUCAAAUUUAGAAUAAGACAUAACAAACGUAACGUAACAACAUGUGGAGUGGUCCGAAUACUUUCCUUAAUUCACUGUAUAUAACUAUUGGACACAGUUUGAUGGAUGCACCAUGUAACCUCUGCGUAAAUGUGAUUAAUACGAAGCAAUGACAUUUGUUCAGAAGAAAUUCACGAAAACUACAUUGUGUAAUAUUAAAAUUGGGGGAUUGCAGGGCAGAUGUUCCAUCGUCAGUUUUUCAUAUUAGAUAAACGAGGGGUCUUCAAUUGGUAACUGGGAUGUUUAUUCUACUCUGGAUAAAUUGAGGUGAAAUAAUAAGAGGGGGGGGGACUAAAAAGUACUAAAACAAAAACUCCAUUAUUAGAUGGGAACAUCUGAAGGGCAGAUUUGUGGAUUAGAUCUCUACGGAAAAAGCGGGAGGGAGCGUGAUAAAGAGAGAUGAGGAUGCAGGAGUUAGUUUACUGAUGCGGCACCAGCUCUUCUCAUUGUUGAUUGGAUAUAAAGAUUGAAGAUAUUCCUCAGAUAUCUGGAUUCUGAUACUCCACUCCAAACGUCCUCAAGCCUUGUCGUGAUAAAGCACUUUAGGUGAACAUUUUUGCAAGUAAUAUGUUAUUUCCUGCUUUGCUGCUGCUGGCGCUGUCUUCAGUGGUAGGCUCAAAAGAGUGCCCUCACCACUGCCUCUGCUACGAACACUCGGAUUUGGUGGACUGCCGAGCUCGCGGGUUCCUCCAAGUGCCCCAUGGCCUGUCCCAUGGCACCUGGCUGCUGGACCUGGGUGGUAACUUGCUGAUGGAAGUGCGGAGCCGUGCCUUUGCCGGACUUUGGUCACUGCGUGUCCUGGUGCUGUCUGAUAGUGGAAUCCAGCUGCUGCAACCCGAGGCCUUCUACUCCCUCUCCUUUCUGGAGAAGCUGGACAUGAGCCGUAACAAGCUGCGCCGGCUGCCGUCGGACUUCUCCCACAGUCUGUCCUCGGUCCGGGAGCUCCGGCUGGACCACAACACCCUUGAGCGGCUGGAAGUCUCCAGCCUGGAGCACCUGGAGAGCCUGGAGAAGCUGGACCUCAGCCACAACCACAUCACCUUCCUCCAGCCAGGAGCCUUCCGGGGCCUGUCUCGACUGCGCCACCUCUACCUCCAUGCCAACCAGCUGGGAGCUGUGCGCCAUGGUUCCCUGUCCAUGCUGCCCGUCCUGGAGGCCCUGCAGCUGGGCCAGAACAACAUCACUCACAUCGACACGGAAGCUCUGGCUCCCCUGCACAGCCUCACCCUGCUGGGCCUAGAGGGAAACCAGCUGCAGCACCUUAAGUUCAAGACCUUCUUGAGCCUCCACACGGCCGGCACCCACCUGCAGCUAGCUGGCAACCCGUGGAACUGCGACUGCGACCUGCACCGGGUCUUCAGCAAGCUGCUGAGUGCGCCACUUUGACGACUACCACAACGUGACGUGCCGCGAGCCUUUGCAGCUGGCGGGUGCCUCGCUGGCGUGGGUGGACAGUCAGUUGUGCAUGGCAGAGACGGCCACCGUGCUGGUCAUCACUGUGACGGUGCUGGUUACCGUGUUGGCAGCUGUGGUUAUGGCUGAGCACACCCGCAAGAAGAACCAACGUGGCGGCAAGAGCUGGGAUGCUGAGUCGCAGUCCCAGGAGAGGUGACUGUCAUGGGGGAGGGACACUGAGUGAGUGUGUAAUCAGUUCGAUAGAUGCAUUUUCCCUCACCGAUCUAGAAUCAUAUUUCACACCCUGCUCCCUGGUCAUUUUAUGUUUGAAGAAAUAAAAGGGUCCAUUUCCCAUCUGCAGCAAACUGACUGUGAGGGUUCAUAACACACCUCAGGCUCAGACUGCUCCUUAACAUUCAGUUGAACUUGUUGGAGGCAUUKAUUCUCUCUUCUACUUCAUCAUGGUCAUAAUGCAUGGCCCAGUCUGGUUCCAAGAGCCUGAGAAACAAUAUUUUAGAGUAUGAGCAGUUUUGCAUGAUGUAUCUAGAAGUCUGUGACUUGUGGAACUGGAGGACUGGACGUCAUUAUUUUUCGGUGUAUCAUUUAAGACCUACCUGAAGUGUUUGACUGCUUACAAUUUACCCUGUUCAUUUCUUUCUUAAAACACCAGUACAGUGUUUGUCUUUUUCUGUUCAACAUUUUCUCUUCAAUGUCUAUUCCAUUUCUGCACACUGUUGCGAGAACAUGGGUGUCAUGUUUCAAAUGUAGGCCUAUACUCAAAGUACAGUAGUUAUUUUUGUCUCAUGAAUGAUUAUCUUCUAACACAUGGAUAGGAUUGAUAGGGAAUUUAUUGUAUACAGAUGGUAAUAAAGUAUGAAUCUUUUUUUUGACUCUA